CACGGCCUCAGCCCCCUUCCUGCCAACGCUGCAUUUGGCUCAAGCCGGGGUCAUGGCUGCCCUUGGGACCCUGAACUGACAGUUUCGGGGGUUGUUACCCCUCCCCCGCGGUCAAGCGUGAGUGCUGGGGUCCUAAGGACCAAGGCUGCUGCGGUGGGGGCAGGGACAGGGACGGAGGUCGACCGAGUGGAUGAAGGAAGGAUAGAGGACCCUGUGAAGGGCGGGGCUGGUCAUGAGGAGGAGGCCGCGCCUUUGCCGAGACGCGUGGCUUACGCUGCUGCUCAGCGCCGCCCUCGGACUCCUGCUCUACGCGCAGCGCGACGGGGCAUCCCCCACGACCAGACCACCAGCGCGAGGACCCCAGAUCCCGCGGCCCACUCCUGGCCUCCGAGCACGGGAGCUCCCCAACACCGCCCGCGCAGCCCCGCUGGCCUACGAGGGGGACACUCCGGUGCCGCCCACACCUACGGACCCCUUUGACUUCGGCGGGUAUCUGCGCGCCAAGGACCAACGGCGCUUCCCGCUGCUCAUUAACCAGCGUCGCAAAUGCCGCAGCGACGGCGCAUCCGGCGGCUCGCCGGACCUGCUCAUCGCUGUCAAGUCUGUGGCUGCCGACUUUGAGCGGCGGGAAGCCGUUCGCCAGACUUGGGGAGCUGAGGGUCGCGUGCAGGGGGCACUCGUGCGCCGAGUGUUCUUGUUGGGCGUGCCCAAGGGGGCGGGCUCCGACGGGGCAGGCACGCGUUCGCACUGGCGCGCCCUGCUGGAGGCCGAGAGCCGAGCUUAUGCAGACAUUCUGCUCUGGGCUUUCGAAGACACCUUUUUCAAUCUAACGCUGAAGGAGAUUCACUUUCUAUCUUGGGCCUCAGCAUUCUGUCCAGAUGUACACUUUGUUUUUAAGGGCGAUGCAGAUGUGUUCGUGCACGUGAGGAACCUGCUGCAGUUUCUGGAACUCCGGGAUCCGGCACAGGACCUUCUUGCGGGUGAUGUGAUUGUGCAGGCAAGGCCAAUCCGAGCUAGAGCCAGCAAGUACUUCAUUCCCCAGGCUGUGUAUGGACUGCCCGUUUACCCUGCCUACGCAGGUGGUGGCGGCUUUGUUCUUUCGGGAGCCACGCUCCGACGCCUAGCUGAUGCUUGCUCACAAGUUGAGCUCUUUCCCAUAGACGAUGUCUUUCUAGGCAUGUGUUUGCAGCGCUUGCGGCUCACACCUGAGCCUCAUCCAGCGUUUCGCACCUUUGGCAUCUCCCAGCCUUCAGCUGCACCUCAUCUUCGAACCUUCGACCCCUGUUUCUACCGAGAACUGGUGGUAGUACAUGGGCUGUCUGCAGCUGACAUCUGGCUUAUGUGGCGCUUGUUGCAUGGGCCUCAGGGCCCAGUCUGUGCACAUCCACAGCCUGUGGCAACAGGUCCCUUCCAAUGGAAUUCUUAGUUAUCUCUCACGCUAUCAAACUUCUCUUACUCAGCUGCAGGACAGAACAUGAAAGAACCCAAAGGGGUUUUCCAUGUGGGUUUAUAGUGUACAUGGCUUUUCUCCAGAUCACUCACUGAGAGAGCUAGGGCUGGAAUGAUACAAACACAAGUGGAUAUACCCAUGGCCAGGCCUCAGCCCUCGUGGACCUGGCAGGCAUUUUCGUAUAGUUACUAGCUUCCUUUCUUCUCUCAUUGGAUUCCCAGUGGCCAUAUCUUAUCUCUUCCCUUUGAGGUCUGGUGUUAGAACUAACUAAGCCCUUCAGGUCCAGGUUUGCCUGUAGCAUGUGGGGUGGGGCCAUCAUGUGUCACAGUCUUGCCCACUAUAUUCACACACACAACUAUGCCAGUGUACUUCUGUAGGGUGAUCCAUCCCCUUCCCGAAAGGAAUCCCAAGAUUCCUCCACUAUAAGAUUGCCCAUAUUCUUCAACUCCAGCUUCAAGGAAAUCAAUAGCUCACAUUUUAGUACAAACACCCCAGUGGCAGCACAUGGCACGCUGUCACUGUGGGCAUAGGUGCUUUAUUGGAAGGGGGACAAGGAUGGGAAGAGUCCUGGCUACCCUGACAGUGGGAUGUGCAGGGUCUCUGGUCACUGAGGCAAGGUCCAAAUGGGAAGACACCUGUCAAAUCAGUCAUGGGAGUGCCACACAGGCCUGGCUGUAGGCCCAGGAACCAUACAGACAGCUGGGGCAGGUCCCCUGCACAUUCAUCAUGAACUAUACAAGAUGAGGCUGUACAUGAGUUAAUUACAAAAGUCAUUAUUUACAAAAAUCUGUACACACAUUUGAAAAACUCACAAAAUUGUCAUCUAUGUAUCACAAGUUGCUAGACCAAAAUAUUAAAAAUGGGAUAAAAUUA